CAUGACAAAUACGCCGCGUAUCUGAAUGAUCUUUGAUACUUUGAUCGCUUGGAGCCUAUGAUUGUAGGCAUGGCAUCACCAAAAAGCUCUCUCUCCUCUCAGAAGCGCGGAACAAGAAUUGGUGGCAGAUCACCUAAGAAGAGCCUGGCAGGCCCUAUGUGAGUUUCAGAUUCAAUGAACUCAUUGGAUAAAGACAGGCAGCUGAAGUUAUGGUCUGGGGCAAAAACAACUAAACUGAUCAUUUGAUUCCGAAACAAGAGUGACACUGCAGUGACACCUGAAGUGACACCUGAAGUGACAUCUUGUGAUAACAUCUUUUUGCGGGUCAGCUCCUGAGACCUGCCAGAGUGAAUAUGGCGGCCAUGGCUAUCCUAGCAGAUUUCGAAGCUCCAGUAUUUCGCAUGCCAGAUGCCUGUAGAAGUGCCCCUGCCAACUUUCAAGUCUUUCAAGCUUAGAAUCAGAUUUCUUACUUCAGCAUGUCAGCGUUUUCCUGCUGCAGGUCCUAAGCUGCUUCCAACUGCGAGCGAGUUCGUAUUGGAGGGUGACGACAAGACUGCUCCUCCGGCAUGGGUCCAAGCUGUGCUGAUGGCUCACAAUGAAAGGAGGUCGGCCCACUGGACGCCCCCUUUAGUGUGGAGUGAGGAAUGCUACGAACAUGCCAGGAUGCAGGCACAAGCAUGCGAAGCAGCCGAGAGGCGUUUGCCCAAGAACUUCGUAGAAAGCCUUAAUGGGCGGCAUGGGCAGAAUUCCUUAGGGCCUUCAAGGAAGGAGCUGAAAUGGGACCAAACAGCUGUGGAUCACAUUGUGGGCCAGUGGUACAGCGAACAGGAAAAUUACGAUUAUGCACGCCCUGGAGCUCAAAAAGGGUGCGUCAAUUUCAUCCAGAUGAUGUGGGGUGGAACAUGCUCAGUAGGGAUGGCCCUUUCAUCAAACGGCAAAUAUUGCGUUGCAAAUUAUUUUCCUGCAGUUGGAAAUGUUCUUUCCUACAAGUACGGCAAAAAUUUGCUCCCGUGUCGCAACCUUCCACCGCCUUGGGUUAGCCGAGGUGACCAGGAACUCCCAGAGAUCUACAAGACUGUUCCUUGUGCAGAGAUGAAUUGGAAGCGCCACGAGGAAGUCUCCGCGUUAUUGGAGGAAGGUGCGAAGUACAAACCGUUGGAUUGUUUAUCCAUUGACCUUCCUGAUCUGGAUCCUGUCAACUGCUGAUCGUUUCACAGCAAGAAGAUAGCCCCACAUUCCAGAUAGCUCCAGAACAUUUGAGAACCGGAGACUGCCACACUGACGGCAAAGCCGUGUAUGGCACUAACCAGUAGUCACUGAAAAGA